UAGCUUCGUAUUCGCCGACGACUGGGAUUUGCCGCAGAGUGAAUAUUCUAGAUUAAUAUCAAAACAAGCCUUUUUGUAAUAAUUAUUGACUUAGUGUCUGGUCAAUCCUCGAAUCAUCGAAUCCUCGUAAUAUUCCAUAACCUCUGAGUGUCUUUCUUGAUGAUCAGGAUGAGUCUGUUGAUUUUGGCACUUCUGACAGUUGUUCACUCGCUGAAUGUCACCCAAAUGCCGACGACGAGAGAAAUACCGUCAACUUCACCAAGGGCAACUACUGGGACUCCAACACCCUCAUGGAAGGAAAUCGCAAGAAACAAAUCUCAGUUAGUAACACAACUAUUGAGAGGAUACGACAAGAGAAUUCGACCUUAUACUGGAGUUCAACCAAUGGAUGUCCGUGUAGACAUGUUAGUGUCCAACAUUUGGGCGAUAGAAGAAGCUAAAAUGGAUUUUACAAUAGACAUCUAUCUUCGCCAGUAUUGGGAAGAUCCUCGACUUUCAUUUCUUGGGAACGAAAUUCAGAGAACGCUGACAUUAAAUAGACAAACGAUAGAUGAGAUAUGGGUUCCAAGUACAUACUUCUUUAAUGCCAAGAAAGCCUACUUCCACGAUGUCACAACAGAUAAUUACCUUCUGCAAAUUCAACCGGAUGGAAAUAUCUUCUACAGCGUUAGGCUAACAGUGACAAUGGCUUGUAAACUUAAUUUACAGAUGUUUCCACAUGACGUACAAACUUGCACAGUCAUGCUUGAAUCGUAUGGUUAUCAAGCAACAGAUGUGUUUUACAAGUGGAAUUCAAGAAAUUCAACGGGUGAUGUUGUAUACAUCGCAGAGGACCUAGAGAUGCCUCAGUUUAUGAUCACCAACGUAGAACUUGAAGAGAAAACGAAUAUCUACAACAUUGGGCCUCAUUCGGCGCUUGUGGCAAAGUUCACUUUCCAUCGUCGCCUCGGUUACUAUAUGAUCCAAACGUACAUCCCAUCAAUGUUAACCGUGACAAUUUCUUGGUUCUCCUUUUGGAUUUCGCCAGACUCCCCACCAGCUCGAGUAGGACUGGGUAUUACAACAGUCCUUACGAUGAUCACGAUUUCGAACAGUGCGCGUGCGCCACUUCCUAAGGUCUCCUACACUAAGGCCAUUGACUGGUUUCUAUUGAUGUGCUUGGUAUACGUGUUUGGUGCGCUAAUGGAGUAUGCUAUCGUGAACUUUUACUCCUGUAAAGUUCAGUACAAAAAACAAAAGGAGACAAGAAAGGCGGAACAAGAGUUCUUUGCACAGGAAUCUGAAAAAGAAGAAUCAGAUGGGCUGUUUCAGAAUGGCUCUAUCAAGAAGAGUGACAGCAAUGGAAGCUACCGAGUGGCUGUUGUCAUAGACAGCAAGAAUCCGUUUUUUCCUCGAGCACAUCUCAACAAAAAACAUUCUAAAUUCAGAUUAGCUCGCCGAUUUCGGCAAAAGGAAACAGACGAAUUAAAUGAAAGCAAUUCUCAGCAUCCCAAAAAACGUCAUCACUACUUCUGGGACCCGUAUGAAACAGCAUUUAUGACGUCAGAACCGGCGUACACCGUGGAUAAAUACGCUAGGAUAUCCUUUCCUGUCACCUUCGCUGUGUUGAACUCUAUAUACUGGAUUGUUUACGCGCCGGAUAAAGUCAUCUUCUAAUUAUACGCCGUAACCGUGAGAUGUGAAAUCCUCGACAUCGUCUCCUAUGCCGCAAUAACGCUUAACUAACGGCGCAAGGUAAUGAAAGGGCUGGGGAAAAAAGGCGAAAAAGCAGAAAGAAAUGUGAAGUGAACAGGGACAAACUCAGCGUACUUUAUUCUCAAUCAGAGAUCCUGGAAGCAAAAUCAGGAAAUCCAUGAACGCCAUAGGAGCAUUAGGAUAAUCAAGGAACAUUGUAAAAUCUAAUCUUCUUCCCGCGUUCUGUCAAAGAUCUUCGGUUCGCAUUAUGCAUGUUUUCAGAAUAAGCCGCAAAUAUGUGGGAAAAAAUCAUUGCCAAACGAUAAAUAUCUGGAGACCAGAAAAAUGGAAUACUUAAAUUCAUAUAUAUAUAGAAAGUUUAAAAAUUGCGAGGAUGGACAA